AAAAAAAAAAAAAAAGGUUAAAUGUCCAAGGACUGAACACACCCAUCUAAGCAGCAGUAUGGACAAAGGCUGUGCAAUGAGGGCUUCUCUGCAACGGCUGAACAAGUCCCAUCAUGCCAAGGAAGUUUGUCAGGGUGUGCAGGUAGACACAGCCUAGUUUCCUGACAGAGACGUGUGUGCAUGUGCGGGAUUCAAAUACCCUGUAUUUGCUCAGCAAGACAGAUGGCAUUAUGUUUUUAAACUUCACAACUUCCUAAGGAUUCAUUAUCGAACAGAAGGGGAAAUACAAAAGGAUACAAAGACUUCAGGAUAUAUAAGAAACAUUUCUGUCUAUCUCAACCAGCUCUCCCAAGAUGCCAUUCAGAACAUCACUGCACAGAAAGCCAUCCUCUGGUCGUUGGCCCAGCAGGAAUCCCAAGCGUCGGGAGGUGCUGUCAGUCAACAUGAUCAGCCUACCACUUGCUGAUUUCCGCCACCUCUCACAUAUUGGCAACGAUGCCCACACGGACAGCUUUGGAGACCUGUCCUUCUUAAAGAUGGGCCACAACUUGCUUUUACAAAGCUCCCAGAGCGAGCAGAACCUCUUCAUGGCCUGCUCUCCGCCACCCAAGCCCCCUCGUCUGAACCUGGAUGAGACGGAGGGGUCAGAGAGCCCUGACUGGUCUGUCGGCCACCAGCACAACACUCCCCACAAGAGAAAGAAAUGCAGCUCUAUGCCGCUGCUGGACAGUGAAGAAGGAGAAGGAGAGCUAGAAAAGGAGGAUGGGUACCAAAGAGGGAAUACUGUUGCUUACAAUCUGACUCACAGCCUUGGUCGGGGUAGUGUGAGUUCAGACAAAGAUGGAGACUCCUCAGAAAUCUGUGACAAAACUGAAGGACAGCAAAAGGACGAGGAAAGUGGCUUUUCAUUUAGCCUCGACCUGGGUCCUUCGAUCCUGGAUGAUGUUCUGCAGGUGAUGGACAAACUCCACAAUUAGACAACGCAAUAGCCGAGCAUUACAGGAAGGCUUUACUAAGGGGAUGAGAUCCGACUCAUCUCGCUCUGGGGGACACACUUCUGAUAUUAUGGACAGACCAAAAACCUAAAGUGAUGUUACUUGAUCAAUAAACCUUUAUAAAUCUGCCUCCAUUAUCCCAGUACACUAAGUGGUGACUAAUAACCUGUGGAGGGAACUGACAACAUCUAUAUUUUAAUGCAGUUAAACCAGUAUACUGGAAACAGGUUCAUUUUUGGACCAGAUCAUCCAGGCAAACUUUUAACAGGGACACCCUACUCUCAAGAGAACCAGAUAUUAUGUCUGUAGGACACUUGCAUCCACAGCAAUCUGGUUUGACAGGUUAAACUAAAAGAAUACAACUACACAAAGUUAAUGAUCUCCUUAGAUUCACCCCUUGCAGAGGUAGAUGCAAUGUUUAAGUUAAUAAUUGAACGCUGUCUGAUGUCAAACUCCAAGCUGGACAUUUUCACCUUCUUUUACUUCCCUCCUUUGCUAGUGUAGUCCCCCAAACCACACAGCACUGUGCUGAAAACGGCUGUUAAGACUUAAGAGUGUUGUGUUUAAGAAAAGAAAAGCUGCGGCUGGAAUCCAAGGUCCUCGAGCUGUGAUGUCUUGGCUCUUGGCGUGCUUGCCAAUCUAUUGUGUGCAGAGGGCAAUUUUUCCUCCGCACGCAUCCCAGAGGCCCCACUCAAAGGUAGACCAAGGUACCCCCCAUCUCUCUCAAUGCAGUGAAAACAAACACUUAGCUCUGCUUCCAAUAAAAGCCAGCCAGUGGUGGCAGGUUGGGCUGCAGACCAAGCCAGGCCACAGGUCCAAGACCUCAGAAGAAGAAGAGGAAGAAAAAAAAAAAAGAAGCUCUGGAGCAAGCUGUUUGCUUAGCUGCAAAUCAGAGUCCGAUGCUCUGGUGAGUGGCGCACGAAAGGGAAAGUGGUAAAGGGUAAUGUGAUACUUCCACAUAUGCAGGGGGUGUCGAGGGAGGAGGACCAGAGACAUCCAUUACUGCAGCAUAACUCCUGAUGAGGUUUUAAACACUACCUUCUGACUAAACAGACCCCCGACACGUGAAAAAUACACGCUUGCAUCUCACACACACUGUGUGUAACUAAAAAGAAACACACCUGUAUACGUGUGAGCACGCAUGGUCAAACUGAGAUUUUUAAAGACAAUCUAGGUUCAAUUUCCUCAGGUUUGGAGAGAAGAGAGUCAGGACAGUCUGUGCCUUAGUGGGAGGUUGGCAGAAAAGGCUGUGGGGCAAACCCAGAACCAGUCAAAUUCCUAUGUGCCCCAUGGGGUCAUGCUGCAAAAUAAACAAACCACAAGUGUCCCGCUUCUAGAAAUAGGUUUAGAAUUCUAUGUAUGUCCUUACAGACACUGCAAUGUUUGUGGGUACAUCUGCACUGUAUAUCUGUUUUGGCAUCUCCUAUUUUAAACUGGAUACCAUUGCCCCUGUUUCUUGUAUAUGUUAUGACAAUAACACAUUGUGAAACUUUUUUUUUUUUUACAUUGAAAAAUGUACUGUUUUGUAUUUAGGGAAGUAAAGAAAAAUUCCAAGUUUUAAAUUCCAAGAUUGGUGGUUUUGUGGACAGAAGUGCUGGUGUCAACAUUUUAAGAGUUUGUAUGAGAUUGUUUACACACCCUGAUGAACUGACACUUAUUUGGCUUUGUAACCAUCAGAAGCCACUGUGGAGGCAAUAAGCCUUGUCUGUCACUUCUGCACAGUUUCUAGAGAAAUUAUAGCCUUGAACUAUCCAACACUACAAGCAGCACAAUAUUAUUUCAAGGUGAAGACACACACAAGCCUAAAUUAGACAGGCAUGUUAAGCAGGAUUUCAUGUAGUUUCAUGGUAAUACUGUAAACUGGACUUUGAACUGCUGGGUUGCUAGGCAUUCAGUAAUGUCAAGUACACCUGUAUCACAAAGAAAUUACUUUCAAUGGUUAACCAGGGUUGACACACCCUGGGUAACCAUUGAAAGUAAUUUCAUAGACAUUUCUGUACAGGCUUUUUAUGAUAAGCAGGAGAAAGAGCUACUCAG